AUGGACCAAACAAUCCGCGUCGCCGUCGCCGUCUACGUCUUCAACAAACACGGACAGACCAUUCUCGGCCAACGCAAGGGGAGUCUCGGCGCCGGAUCAUGGGGCCACCCCGGGGGCCACCUCGAAUUCAACGAGACAUUCGAAGCCUGUGCAGCUCGAGAGGUUCUCGAGGAGACAGGCCUCGAAGUAACUGAUAUACGCUUUCUCACAGCUAUUAAUAAUGUUAUGCUGGAGGGAGGGAAACAUUACGUUACGAUUUUUGUGGGCUGUAGGCUUGUGGACGAGGAUGCGGAGCCUGUGGUAACGGAGCCUGAGAAAUGCGUCCGCUGGGACUGGGUUACUUGGGAUGAAAUGAGGGUGACUAUUGAGAGGCAAAGAGAAGCAGAGCGGUUGGGGAAGAUGGAGGAGUUUGAGGGGAGGGUGCUGUUUAAGCCCAUUUUGAAUCUUUUGCAGCAGAGGGUGGGAUUUGAUCCGUUGGAGAUUUAUCAAUCUGUUGGGCGGUAUUGA